AUGGGCCGGUGGGGCUUCAGUUGAACCUUAACUACGCCAAAAUGUGGCCAAAAUGGCCCAUAAUAUCGUUGCUGUUUUUAGUAGCAACGCCGCUAGGGAUUCUCAGCGAGAGCCCCGGCGACACCACACCCAGCGAUGAGGCGGCUUUCGAUGGCAGCACGAGUUCAAGUACGACUCCUAGUCCCAAUCUGGAGGGGACCACCGACCGGAUGUUCAAUGGCGAUCUCCGGAAGGCCGCUCGAGUGGAGCCCAUGUCCGGGGGGUCGGGACAGAAGCGUGGGGACGAAGAACAGUACGACGUAAUCGAUGUUAUGGCUGCCACGGGUACGGGGACGGGAACUGGAACGGAGACGGGGACGGCGGGCAGAACAAAGAGUGGGCAGACCACCAGAAUCUAUACCACCGGCGAGGUGGAUGAAAGCUUCUGGCUGAAGCAUCUGGGCGACGACUUCAAGCAUGCCAUUCAUCUGCAGGUGGGCGGCACCAACGAGGAGUACAACCGGUUGAUAAAUCAGACCCAGAACGGUGUCCACGAGGAGGUGCAUCACGAGUACCUGCCGGGUGCCGAGCGGCCGGACGGAAAGGUUACUUCUUCGCCUCCUCCUCAGAGAAUUGCAAGCGGUGGCUACUUUAGGGGUAGCCAGCAGCAGAGCUUUGAUAGCCGCUCGUUGGCCAUGAAGCAGCAGUUCAUCCAUCAGCAGUCGCAGCAGCAGCAGCGCCAGCAACCACACCACUACAACUACGCACUGCAGCACACACAACUCUACACUCCUCGGACACAGUCACACCCACAACACCGACACCAACACCAACACCAACACCAACACCAACACCGACAACAACACCCACAACAACACCGACACCAGCAACAACACCAGUACCGAGAAGCACCUCAGCACACACAAAUCAGAUACCAGAAGCCGCAGAAACUUGGCUACAUCAUAAACUCCAGCGAGGAUCAGCUGCACGCCUCCCAAACGAAUUCAGCGCCAGUGCGAUCUGGGUCAGACGGAGGAGGAGAAGCCGUUGGCUACGAGGAGGAGGGUGACUCCUUAAACAGUCAGCUGACCUUUAAGUCGCCUUUCAACGACUACGGCAGUCGACCUACACGCGACCUCGCCUAUCUUCUGUACCGACGAGGUCUGUAAGGAGAUCCUUGGAGCUCCAUAAAUGAGGCUGAACCACACAACACACACCCAAGGAAACACACACAUACACCACACAAAAACACAGAGAUUAAGGAUAGUCCAAAUACAAUAAUAAAGUCAAGAAAAACAUAA